AUGAUCUUUGCUGGACAAGGUGCUCAAUAUUCUUGCAUGGGACUGCAGCUUAGUGAUAUGUUCCCAGUCUUUAAGCAUUACUUCGAGAAAUGCUUGACUAUUGCUGACAAACAUCUAGCUGAAGAUUUCAAGUUACUGGAAAUCAUCCGAAAUCCAACCAAAGUUCACCUUCUACAUAAGACCAAAUUCGCUCAGCCGGCGAUGUUCGCCUAUGGUUUUGCAUGCGCAAAACUAUGGGAAACAAUCGGUUUCGCACCAGAUUUUUACCUCGGUCACAGCGUGGGAGAGCUGGUAGCUGACGUCGUUUCAGGUAUUUUGAACCUAGAUGAAGGCAUAUGGUUGGUUGUUAAGAGGGGCAUUGCGUUGGAAAAAAUUGCGAACCGUGGAGGAUUACUUGCAGUGGACAGCGGGGUAAAAUCAGAACUUCUUUCGAAAUUUGAUGUGUCAAUAGCGGCUAUGAACAGUCCAAAGCAAAUGGUCAUUGCUGGAAAAUAUGAUGAGCUUGAAGCUGUGUAUGAAUUUAUGACGUCUAGGAAUAUGCAAUGUACAGUCAUCAACGCUCGAUACCCCUUCCACAGCGCCCUCAUUCUAGAUCAAGAUUUGCACGAUUUCAAAGAAGCGCUAAAAACUUUGGAGUUCAAAAAAGGUCGUACUCCUAUUGUCAGUAAUGUUUCUGGACGCUUGAUCUCAACAUUCUCGCCUGAGUAUCUGAUCGAACAGAUACUGUAUCCAGUGAAUAUGGUUGAAUGCAUCCGUACCCUAGAGUUCCUCAAUGUUAUCACUUGGGUGGAAGCGGGUACAAGUAACACCAUUAUUCCGUUUGUGCGCGAAACACUCGGGAUCACGGAAAGGAAGAAACAUGCACUUCUUUCCACAACUAUGGAGAGAAGAAAUGCCUCCGAGUGCUUUGUUCAGACGGCCCUCGAGCUCGAAAAAAGGGGGAUUGAGAUAAAGUGGCCUGCACUCUAUUGUAGCAAUGCGGAUACUAUCGCUCGCGAAAAACUAGUGGAAUUUCCUUUGAAAGUGGCGGCGUCAUUUACAGAUGCUGAUCGCCAAAUUCUGAAGAAUCACUAUGUCGACGACGAGAACCUUAUACCUGGAGCCUAUCAGUUUUACAUUCUACUAAAGUGGCUGAAUGGAGCUUCUCAGUCCAAUGGCUAUUUCACAUUGGUUAAUAUCAAAUUUGUGAAUGCAUGGAAAUAUGAGGACGGGCACGACUACGAACUAAUCCAAACCAACAGCGCCACCGUACACAUUGUGGUAAAAGAAAAAAUAAGGUGCACAAGUCAAAUCCGUUUCCACAAAAUUCCUCCCAAACCCUGUCUUGAAAAAGCCAGUGUCGAAAUGGACUGCACUUUGGAUUGCAAUGUAGUGGAUUUCUAUGCCAGGAUGGCUGUUAAUGGACUUGACUACCGAGGACAGUUUCAAGCCAUCAAAUCACUGAGGUGGAAUAAAACUCAAACGUAUUCACUACUGGACUACAAAAAUCCACAAACACUGUGGAUUCUGAUGGACGCUUCAAUGCACGCAGUUUGUGUAAAUGUCAUAGACCACCGCCCCGAUGCAUACUUCCUUCCAGUCCAUGUUGGAGAGAUUUAUCUGUGUCCUGAUAUAGAUAUAUCACCAUCAGAGGCAGUGAUUGCCGUGACCGAAAAGGUGGCAGAAAAUGAAAAGCACAUCAGCGCACAUGCAUGCAUUUAUGCGGGUGAUAAACUGGUCUUUCAAUACAAGAAUAAGUUUAGCUUGAUCAAGAAGAGAUGCGCACUUGAGGAGGUCGUCAACGCAGAAAAUGUAGACAGAAAGGAACAGAUGAAGAUAAUCCAGCCUUAUUCUGAGAGCACUGAGUCGACAAAACACACCAAACCUGUUUAUAUUUUAAGCUUCGACGGAGAUUUUCUUUAUUCAUCGUCAGGCAAAGCAGAGAUCUGGCAGGACCUAAAAGCAGGAAUAUUAGGGCAAAGAACAGCACAAGGCAGUUCUGUCAAGUCGAAAAUUGUAAAGUGGGACCCAGUCUUUUUCGGGAUUACUCCGAAAGAAGCACCCUAUAUCGAUAUUCAACAACGUCUCAUGCUGCAGUCUGUCGCGCGAUGUCUGGAAGAGGCCAAACUAAUAGAGAUUACAAAGAAGACAGGAGUAUUCAUUGGCGUCAGCGGGAAUGAUUUCACAAAUCGAGCAUACAGCGAGAUGAAAGAGAAAGCUAGUGGUUACUACAGCAGUGGAACUAACGGAAGCUGUAUUGCGGGUAGAAUUGCCCACUGGUUGAAGCUGGAAGGACCAGUUCUCGUUGUCGACACAGCGUGCUCUUCAACAUUUACAGCUCUAACUUGUGCCAUAGAUUCUUUGGCUCAAAACAGAUGUGACUACGCCAUUGUGGGCGGCAUCAAUGUAAUCCUUCACGACACAGUCACCGAAGUGUUAAAGAACGCUGGCAUGUUGUCGGCGAAAGGAGUGUGCCACGUCUUCGACGCGGAAGCUGACGGAUACAUCAGGUCGGAAGUGGUUGGCUGCGUUCUGCUGUCGAGGCACGGUAGGGGUGCGCGAUUCCAAAUUCCAUGCUGGGCCAUAGGACAUAACGGACAAGCCGCUUCACUUCAAGCACCAAACGGCACUUCUCAGGAGCGAGUGAUGAAAGCCGUUCACAGAGAAAACCUGGUCGAUGUGGAAUGCCAUGGAACCGGCACUUCCUUGGGUGAUCCAAUCGAGGCACAAGCCGUCUCCAACGUACACGGACAUGUAACAGUGUCUAGCGUGAAGAGUCAAAUCGGUCAUGCAGAAGCUGCCUCUGGCAUGGCUUCUUUGAUCUCCUGUAUGCUGCAGAUGGAACACAGCUAUAGGCUCAAUCAAGCGCACUUCAAAUGCCCAAACCCUCGAAUCGACUGUCAGCGACUGCAGGUGAACGUUGUCGGCGAAGAUCGCUCGGUCCAGGUUCUUGCGAUAAACAACUUCGGAUUCAGCGGUACGAACUGUUCCAUUCUCCUACAGAAGGAGCCGGCUCGACAUAUUGCUUCCAUCGGUGUAUGCAAAUAUCACUUAGCGCCAAUCUCUGCCAAAGAUGAACAAACAUUACUGAAGAUGGUAGAUGAAAUUAAGGCAUAUGUGUUAUCAACAAGCUACGACAUUGGCGAUGUUUGUACAUCAUUGCAGCAAAACAAACCUCAUCAUCGUUAUCGUCAUUGUUUACUCUACGAUAACAAAAGGCGGAUAGUUUGGGAGCAUGGACAAAGCUGCAAAGUCUCCGUUCCAGAAAUCGCUAAGAAUGAGAGCGAUUACAUAGCUUUUGAGUACGGAAGGGGUUAUCUUGUAUAUAAAUCUCAUUUUCAUUCAAACGUGAUGGUUUUCUGCACCAGCUUGUUGAAUGGAGUACCAUCCAACACGGUGUCUUCAAUGACGGGUCCACAAUUCCACGAAUUCAUAGGAAGCAAGUUUGUGGCAGGCCAUUCCAUCCAGUGGUCGCUGUACAACAUCGCCAAUGUGAAUAAUAGUGUCAAACUUCCCACUUAUCCUUUCAAACAAGAAGCGUAUUGGCCGUUUGAUAAUCUGUUCGCCAGUAAUUUCAAAGCAUCUCAGCGAAACGUCAAAGAUAUUCUUUACGAAAAGUCUCUUCUCGCAGUGUCCAAAGGCAAGCGUGACAGGAGUAUCCCAGUUGUGGCCCUGGGCCGGAAAGUGCCCCUAGCAAAUGUGACAUAUAUCCCUUUGUCGGCUGUGAAAUCUUUCGAAGCAGAUCAAACACGUAUUGUGCUUUAUCAUACCUACUCUUCGACAGUGAAUGAAGCCCUCAGGGUGAUGAAACUAUGGCAAGCGCUUGAACAUCGGCGAGCAUCUGUUCUGAUCGUAGCUUGCCGAAAUAACACUACUUCAUGCACGGAAUGGACGGCACUCCUUCGUUCAUUAGCCAGCGAACGUCAACAUUCCUAUAAAUUUGUAUCAUACACGCUUCUUGAGCAGCUCGAAGCAGAGCUUUCGAACAACGACAUUUUUGAGAGCAUAUUUUAUCGGAAACUGGAAAGAUACGUCGAGCGAUUGAUCCCUGCUAAGCCAAAAAGGACUGAUCUAUCCUCGCCUCGGCACUUGCUCAUCACAGGAGGAACAGGAGGGGUUGGCAAAAAAGUGAUUAAUUUCAUGAAACCUGCAAAAUUGACAAUUGUGGCUAGAAAAGACAGUAUUUUCAAGGAAGAACAUAAAGAAGCAACGCUGAUUAAGUCUGAUCUAAACUCGCUGGAUCUUCCUGCCAAUGAAGUCUAUGACACAGUGGUCCAUUGUGCUGGCGUCGUUGACAAUGGGCUCAUAUCAGCUAUGGACCGCAGAAAAAUGGAAAGUGUAUGUUUACCCAAGGUCAAAGGUUUGCGCACCUUGUACAAAGAACUGGAGAGAAGAAGACCGACAAAAUUGAUUCUAGCAUCCUCAGUUGCUUGUAUUCUUGGCUCUGUUGGACAGGCAAAUUAUGCUUUCGCGAACGGAUUAAUGUCAUCGUUAGCGGAAAAGCAUGAUAUACCAGCACAAAUUAUUCACUGGGGACCUUGGAAGGACACAGGCUUGCUCCAGAACCCUCAAAGCGAGAAGAUUUACGAGCAAAUGCAUGCUAGGGGAUGGAACCUUCUAGAAAGCAGUAAAGCUCUUGACGUUUUAUGCACAGAUUCGCAAAAUGUGCUUGUGUUCGACGGAGAAUUUUCGAAGAUUGUUAAAUCACAGAGCCACCUACAGAAGUUUCUCAGUGAACUCACAAGUCAGGAUGAGGUACUUCCUGAAAGAAGAGCGACGUCUGCCCCUGAUGUUCCCCAACAAAAUGCAGUGUUAAAUCAAAUUAAUAUAGAAAGUAUAAUUGCAGAAGUCAGCGGAAUUCAGGAGAUCGCAAAACAACGCCAUACACCUUUAAUGAAUUUAGGGAUUGACUCGCUCAUGAUUGAAGAAAUAAGAAGUAAAAUCAACGAAAGGCUGGGUUACACUCUAACCUCCAGAGAAAUCUACGAUAACUGCACGCUCGACAGGCUAUCAAAAAUACUUGCAAACAACACUAAAAUCAGUGUUCCUCGGCCUGAUCGUACCUCCAACUCACAAGCACUUCAUCAUAAUGGUGAAAUUGCGAUAAUAGGUUAUAGCGGUGCUUUUUCGGGAUGCGCAGAUAUAGACGAGUUUUGGAAGAAAAUUCUGGCUGGAGAGGAAUGUAUUCGCAGAACGAAGUCCGAGGACGAGAGCAUUGUCGAUGCUGCUGGCGUGAUCCCUGAUAUAGAUCAGUUUGAUCACAAGUUUUGGAAUAUGACUCGAGAUGAUGCAUCGAUAUUAGAUCCGCAGCUGCGUAUUUUCUUACAAAGUGCAUAUCAUGCACUAGAGAUGUCAGGAUAUGUACGACAGCGAAAUGAUCUCAAAAUCGGCGUAUUUGCUGGAGCCGAACCCACAGAAUAUGGUGAUCCGAGCCAAGAGGCAGAAGGUAGUUUACGUCGGUUGUUUGCUAUGAACAUGAAGGACUUUGUCUCCACUUUCACCGCACACAUGCUGAAUCUUCGGGGUCCAGCGGUCGGUGUGUAUUCCGCCUGCUCAACAGCACUUCUUGCCAUAGCUCAGGCUUGCAACUCCCUGCGGCUUGGAGAUGUAGAUUUAGUGAUCGCCGGAGGCAUUUCUCUGGUGUUUCCCAAUCAAACGCGCUACCUAAUCCAAGAAGGUUUGGUGCUAUCCCCGAGUGGGACAUGCAGACCAUUUGACCAAGAGGCGGAUGGUACAAUCAGAGGUUCGUCCGUAGGAUGUGUAGUGCUCAAGCGAUUGGAUCAGGCUCUAAGAGAUGGAGACCAUAUCGCAGCCGUGGUGAGAAGUUAUGGCAUGAGCAAUGAUGGUUUACAUAAGGCUAGUUUUAUGGCUCCAAACUGCGCAGGACAGUUUGAAUGCAUGCGCGAUGCGCUUUCCACAUUAUCUCCACAAGAAGUCAAGAGAAUUGGCUACAUUGAAUGCCAUGGGACCGGCACCCGCGUAGGUGACGAGAUUGAGCUUGAUGCCGUUAAGCAAGCGUACGGAGAUAGGUCUGACCUGUUCCUUGGUUCGGUAAAAGCUAAUAUCGGGCAUGGUUUCGCUGGCAGUGGCAUGGCUGGCUUGUUCAAGAUUAUGAAAAUUCUUCUGGAACGAAAGGUUCCUCCUCAAAUCAACAUAAAGAACUUGCGAAAGGGUAUCCCUUACACAAUAAAUACGAAGCUAUCCGGCUUGAGGGCCAAUUCAAUAGCUGCAGUGAGUUCGUUUGGUAUAGGCGGUACAAACGUGCAUCUCAUUCUGGAUCAGCCGCCAUGGGAUACCAUCAAACGAACGGACUCCGGUGGAGUUCAUAUACUUCCGAUAUCA